UGGCCAGAAGAUGUCAAAUUGUUUCAACCAUUUGAGGUGGAUCAAAUCCUGAUGAAUGAAUUUGCAAAUUGUCUCAGUGUUAAAACAUUUUUAAAUAUGGCUGACCUAAAAUAUCAAAUAGAACUGAGAUCCAAUGCUGAGUUUAUGUCGCCAUCCAGAGAAGUUCCAUUUUUAAAAGUUGGACCCAUAUUGAUAUCAGAGUUCGAUUCAAUUGUUACAUUCAUCAGUGCUAAAGGUUACUCAUUAUCUGGUGGUUUAACCAGUGAACAGUUUGCAGACGUCAAAAGUUACAUAACACUGACCAAGUCAACGCUAAAUAACGUUCUUCUCUAUGUCAUGUGGGUACAUGAAGACAACUACAAUAUGAUAACGAAACAAAGAAGUGGGUUUGGCUACUCGUGGCCUCUCUACAAAAUCCUCCCCUGGAGAAAGAGGAAGCAGGUGGUCAGGCUUUUGAAAGAAGACGGGUGGAUCAAUAAGUCUCUUGAUCAGGUGUAUGCUGAGCUUGAUAAAUGUUUGCAGGCACUUUCAAACAAACUCGGUACUGAAGAGUUUUUCUUUGGUUCAAAGCCAACAGAACUGGAUGCCCUAGUGUUUGGUUACUUGUUCACCAUACUGACUACCACACUGAUCGACAGCCAGCUCUUAGAAAAAUUGAAGAAAUAUGAAAAUCUCACUGAAUUCUGUCAGAAUAUUCACAAUUUAUAUUUCAAGAACGUUUAG